UCUAUGGUGACGGGCGGGGGGUCGCCGCCGCCUCCUCCUGCCGCUGGGCCUGGGAGGGAUGGUCGCAGCAGCGGCAGCCGGCCGGGGGGUUCUGGUUGGUGCCGCCGCCGCCGAGGAGCCAUGGGGCCCCGCCGCCUGGCUCCCGGAGGGUCUCCGCUCGUCCUCCUCCUACUCUUCUUCGUGGCGGGGGUGAGGCCGGGCUGGGCCCUGCAGGAUGUCACCGCCCAGCUGUUCGGGGACCAGGCCUUCGGGACAGUGGCCGCCUUCGGGGACUUCAACUCCGACAAGCAGACGGACAUCUUCGUGCUGAGGGGAGGCAGUGAAUUAAUUAUCUUCUUGGCAGACCAAAAGGAACCCUACUUUAAACCCAAAGUCAGUCUCAAAUUGAAGAGUGUGAUAACCAGUGUGGUUCCUGGCGAUUAUAAUGGUGAUUCACAAAUGGAUGUCCUCUUGACAACUCGCCCACAGAAUCAAACCAAUGUAGCCCUAUCAGUGUUUAUUUUUUGGGGGGAUAAUCAAAGUCUAGAUAGCAGUCGUAACUUUACGUUAAAUGAGACUUUUCAUGAUGAGCCGCUAAUCAUGGAUUUCAAUGGUGAUUUAGUUCCUGAUGUUUUUGGAGUUCCGACGGAAUCUGAAAAACCAAAAAUACUAAUUGGCAGGGACUUAACAUGGCACGCAGGACCAGAUACGCAAGGCAAAAUGUACAAACCUCACUCUCAUGCAUUCAUAGAUCUGAAUAAUGAUUUCACUGCAGAUUUGUUUCUUACAACAGUAUCAUCAAACGAAAUCCGGUUCCAAACAUGGGUAAAUCAGGAGGGAAAUUUUUCCGGACCUACGUAUACCAACAAACCCACAGAUGUGAAGAUUGUUGGACAAUCAGUGUUUGCAGAUUUUGAUGGUGAUGGACAGACAGAGCACUUACUGCCAGCCUGUUACGACGAAGCCUGCCAAAGGAGCGUCAUCUACCUAUCUGAGCCACAGUUGGGCAAAUGGUUUCCAGUGUUGCAAGACUUCACAUUCAGAGGCACUUUAUGGGGCUUCGUUCCAUAUAGUCAGACUUCGGCUGCAUUUUCAGUUCCUAUCACCCUUCACAUUGGAGAUUAUAACAUGGAUGGCUAUCCAGAUGCCCUUGCCAUAUUGAGAAACACAUCUGGGAGCAACCAGCAGGCUUUCUUACUAGAGAACGUCCCGUGCAAUAACGCAAGCUGCAAGAGCGUACGCCGUAUGUUUAAGGUCCACUGGGAUGUCUCAGAUCUGAAUCAAAUCGAAGGCGCAGUGGUGGCAACCUUCUUCGACAUUUAUGAAGAUGGCAUCUUGGAUAUAAUUGUUCUCAGCAACAGCUCUAAGAAAAACCUUGCCAUCCACGCAUUAAAAAAUAAUUUUGAAGCAGAUGCCUACUUUGUUAAAGUCAUUGUUCUCAGUGGCCUCUGUUCCAACGAUUGUCCUCGUAAGAUAACGCCCUUUGGUGUGAAUCAACCCGGACCUUACAUUAAGUAUACAACAGUAGAUGCAAAUGGAUACUUGAAAAAUGGUUCCGCUGGACAACUGAGUCAGUCAGCACACUUCGCUCUCCAGCUCCCGUACAACGUUCUGGGCUUGGGACGUAGCGCCAAUUUCCUCGAUCACUUGUAUGUUGGUAUCCCUUGUCCUCCAGGUGCAAAGACUAUAAGGAAGCAGGAGUGGACAGCCAUCAUCCCAAAUUCCCAGCUUAUAGUCAUUCCGUAUCCUCAGGACACGCCUCGGAGCUGGAGCGCCAAACUGUACCUGACCCCAAGUAAUAUUGUGUUGCUCACAGCCAUUGCCCUGAUUGGGGUUUGUGUGUUCAUCCUGGCAAUAAUUGGCAUAUUGCACUGGCAGGAGAAGAAAGCAGAUGACCGAGAGAAAAGACAAGAAGCCCACCGGUUCCACUUCGAUGCUAUGUGACAUGCCUUAAUAGCUUGAUGGAGAGAUUGCUGCUGGAUCUGAAAUACUACAUUCUAGCCUACAGUGGCAGAAGAGGAGGGAGGGGAUUGUUACUGUACUAUUUGUAAAUGUUGCAUUGUUUUUAAUUUAUUUGAGAAGUGUUAAAAAAUCAAGCCUAUCUCACAUGGCCUUCCAGUGAUUUGGUUGUAUAUAGUGUCCAUUGUUUACUCAGACUGCAAAUUCCCUUUCGGUCAUGGAUUCUAUCACACGCAUUCCACGGUUUACAUACCCUCAUUUUCUUCUGUACGUUUCACGAAAGGGAAGUUGCGUGUAAAUUAAAAGUUUCAGCAAGCAAAAUUCCUUUUAGUGCCGCUUGAAUUGGUCCUUCUGCUUACGCAAUGCCAAAAUGUGAAUUGCGUUUUUGUAAUUGACUCUCCAGCAGAUUGUCAGAUGAAGCAAAACAACCUAUUAUUGUUACGACUGUACUCUUGGGAUGUUUGAUUUGACGCACUCUUGACUGCUUUAUCUUUCUAUUAAUCUCUGGAACCGACCGAGGGAGAGGAAAAGCUUUAAAUUGGACGAUGCAAACCUCCUACAGCAGCUAACAACAAAAAAAAAAAUCCUCAUCACUAUUGCUAUGAUUAAUAGAUUAAUAUUUGAUAUGGAAGUAUGUAAUUCAAUUUAUAUUUCAAAUUAUGCCUUCCUAAAAUGAAAGACUGUUGCAUGGUUGUUUUUAUUGGCGUUCAUCAUGCUGUUAUAGUAGAACUUAAUCAUGAAAACAUUUUAACCACCAAGUCUAAGUGAAGUUCUUGGGAAACAAGACAGAAUCCUCUAAGGACAGGCGCCUAUUGUAUGAUCUUUCGAGUUCACGUUAUUAAGGGCCGGACUAUAGUAUUUUAAUUUUAAUGUAAUCUUAUCUGAGGCUGUGACACAGUACCAAACUAAAUGAUUUUAAGCCUCAGGGCUGUGAGCAGAGAAAAUCCCAGCUAAGUUCAAGAUGUUCAUUGUUUUCCGGAUACCGUUUUGGUUUGGGCUCUUCUAUUAAAUGAAUUAUGUUGGAAAUACUUGGUGUAAUGUGGGCAUCCUUUAUUCUCAGACCCUCUGAUUCAUGACUUAUAAUGUUUGUUUUUUUAAAACUGUUAACUUGCAUUCUUUAAUAAAUGGAGUAUAUUAAGUUA